GCUGAAGUGGCAACAUCAGUUUUCCGUUUACAACGGGCAAAUUGUUUUAUUUCGUCUCCUCAAUUUUAUUUUAUUUUUUUAAAUGUUAUUUGAAGAAUUGAUUCCCGCCAAUCCAACAACAAGCUCCAGAGCUAUACAACAGCACCUCUUCUCUCUACUACAGAACUGCAACACCCUCAAAAAGCUCUCACAAAUCCAUGCCCAAAUAGUCAUUAACGGUUUCACCCAGAAGAACUACAUUCUUGUCAAGCUGUUAUCAUUCUACGUAGCUUCUGGUAAUUUCAAACAUGCCCUCGGAGUUUUCAAAAACAUCGAAAACCCAAGUGCCACUAUUUGGAACCAGAUGGUCAGAGGGCAUGGACGGAGUGAAACUCCGAGAAAAUCCAUUGAAUUGUAUAAUAGAAUGGUGGCAACGGAGGCUGAGCCCGAUGGGUUUACGUAUUCCUUUCUCUUAAGUGCUUGUGCGAGGGCUGGGUUGUUGAGAGAAGGGGAGCAGGUGCAUGGAAGGGUUUUGGCAAAUGGGUAUUGCUCGAAUUUGUUUGUUCAGACGAAUUUGGUUAAUUUAUACACGGCGGGUGGAGGGGCCAAUGGUGUCGGGUAUGCACGGAGCGUGUUUGAUGAAAUGGAUGAGAGAACAGUUGUGAGUUGGAAUUCAUUACUUGCGGGGUACAUUAGGUGUGGAGACAUUGAUGAGGCGCGGAGAAUUUUUGACGAGAUGCCGGAGAGGAAUGUCAUAUCAUGGACGACCAUGAUCUCAGGAUGUGCUCAUAAUGGGAUGUGUAGACAAGCUUUGUCUUUGUUUGGUGAGAUGAGGAGGGCCCAUGUGGAAUUGGAUCAGGUUUCAUUGGUUGCAGCGUUAUCAGCAUGUGCUGAAAUAGGAAAUUUAAAUCUGGGAAGGUGGAUUCACGGGUAUAUUGAAGAGAGAAUGAGAGUUAGGAACCAGCCAUUGUUGGUGUCUUUGAACAAUGCACUCAUACAUAUGUAUGCUAGCUGUGGUGUGAUUGAUGAAGCUUAUAAAGUAUUUAGCAAGAUGCCACGGAAAAACACUGUUUCUUGGACAAGCAUCAUCACGGGUUUAGCAAAGCUGGGCCGUGGAGAAGAAGCUCUCAGUGUCUUUCGGUCCAUGCUCGGCUCGGGAGUGAAUCAAGUAAGACCUGAUGAAAUAACCUUCAUUGGGGUUCUAUGUGCCUGCAGCCAUGCGGGAUUUGUUGAUGAGGGUCGCCAUCUUUUUGAGCGCAUGAAUCAAACAUGGGGAAUCAGCCCAAAGAUUGAGCACUAUGGGUGCAUGGUUGAUCUCUUGAGCCGUGCUGGUUUCCUAGAUGAAGCAUAUAGGCUCGUUGAGACCAUGCCCAUCAGGCCAAAUGAUGCUGUUUGGGGUGCUCUCCUUGGGGGUUGCAGAAUUCACAAGAAUGUUGAGCUUGCCUCCCAUGUUACACAAAAAUUGGUAGUUGAGCUUGAUCCUGGCCAGGCUGCUGGCUAUCUUGUUCUCUUGUCAAAUGUGUAUGCAACUGCUAAAAGGUGGAAAGAUGUUGUUACUGUGAGACAGAAGAUGGUUGAGAUGGGUGUAAAAAAGCCUCCAGGCCGAAGUUGGGUCCAAAUUAACGGAACUGUUCAUGAUUUUGUUGCAAGUGACAGGGCCCAUAAGCAUGCGCCUUUAAUAUAUGAGAUGCUUGGUGAGAUCACGAGACAAGCCCAGCAGGAAGGCUACGAAAUGGAUGUAAUAGAGGCAUUUUUGUAUGUUGAGGAUUAAGGGAAGAAAUAAGAGGAAUUUGGUUUUGAGCUCUUGUAGUCGUGGAAUUAGAAAUAAAUAAAAUUAUAGGAAAAUUUUAAAACUUUGGGGGAGCUAGCCGAUACCCAUACACCUAGUUUUGUCCCUGAACUCAAGCAUGAGCUACAUCCUACAUUGUCUCUAACUUAC